UUUUUUUUUUUGAAAAUAGGUUUGAUGGUUGCAAUUAAUACAUUACAUUGAUGCUUGUGUAAGUGCUACAAUACAUAAAUAAAUUCUAUUCAUCUCCCGCCAUCAAAUGUAGUAGUAUACAUACAACUGUGAUUGUAUACAUUUGUUUCAGAUCUAGCUUAUCUCUCCUCUUCUUUUUCUUUAUUUUGUUUAUCUAAAAAUACAAUGGGUUGCUGUUCAUCUAUAGAAGUUGGGGAUAAUGAUACUUAUAAUAAAUUCAGAAAUGAAGAAAUAGAAAGCCAACUCAGGAUGGAGAAACUAAAUAGUAAAAAUGAAGUCAAGUUAUUAUUACUCGGCGCUGGUGAAUCCGGGAAAUCAACUAUACUCAAACAAAUGAAACUCAUUCACGACGGUGGAUUCUCAAAGGAUGAAAGAGAAGCUUACAAAGAAAUCAUCUUUAGUAAUGCCAUCCAAUCGAUCCAUGUUCUCUUGGAAUCUAUGCAAGAUUUAGGUAUUUCUUUAGGCGAUCCACAAAGGAAUCAGGGCUUUUUUGAAUUUAUCAUGCAACAAAAGGUCAAUAAUACUAUGCAACCUGACAUUAUUAGAGCUAUUCAAUCUUUAUGGCAAGAUAAGGGUGUUCAAGAGACGUUUAAACGAAGAAACGAAUUCCAAUUAAAUGAUUCUGCUUCAUAUUAUUUUGAAUCAAUAGAUCGUAUAGGUGGAGCCCAUUAUGUUCCUACAGAUCAAGAUAUAUUACGCUCUCGUGUAAAGACAACAGGCAUUACAGAGAGUCGAUUUAACUUUGGGACACUUACGUACCGUAUGUUUGAUGUAGGAGGACAACGUUCAGAACGUAAGAAAUGGAUUCAUUGCUUUGAGGAUGUGACAGCCGUCAUCUUUAUGGUAGCCAUCUCUGAAUAUGACCAGGUGUUGAUUGAAGAUGAAACGGUGAAUCGUAUGCAGGAGGCCCUAACGUUAUUUGACUCGAUUUGUAACUCACGAUGGUUUGAAAGGACAUCGACUAUCUUAUUUCUAAACAAAACAGACCUCUUUCGUGAAAAGUUACCUACCAGUCCUCUUUCCAUUUAUUUCCCUGAUUACAAAGGGGAGGCUGAUUUUGAUCAGGCAUGUGAUUAUUUAACACAAAGAUUCGUUUCCCUCAAUUCUUCGUCCGAUAAACAAGUCUACACGCAUUUAACAUGUGCAACAGAUACAGAACAAGUUAAAUUUGUCAUGACAGCCGUGAAUGACAUUAUCUUGCAAGCAAAUUUAAGAAAUGUGGGUUUAAUUUAAUAAAUACCCCAAUCCCACCUCUCUCUCUCUUUUUAUAUAUAUACAUAUAUACAUAUAUACAUGUACACAUAUAUACAUAUAUAAAACCAAAGAAACACAUACAUACAUACAUACAUACAUACAGUCACACACACA